UCCAAAAACAGCCCAGGGUUGGAGCACGCAAUUGCACUCAUGAAUGCUGUAGUGUGUUAAGAGGUGGACUCUUGUUGGCAGUAAAAUGAACGACACGCGGUGACAGUUUGGAACAGUCCUUCAGGGUUUUCCUUCAGACAGAAUUGGAGUAUUACGUAGUAAUUCGCAACUUGCACACAAUGACUGGCCAAUUGGGAGAAGAUGGGACGUCCCACUGUGCUUUUGUCCCCCGCCAGAGUAAAACUUCAAUCGCCUGGUCGCUCUGCCCUCAUUGGCCAGUAAAUUAGAUCCCCGAAGCCUCUUUCUGAUUGGACCUUGUUGGCACGGUGAGGAGCUGUCGGCCAAUCAUCUUUAGUCAGGCGGCGUCUCCUCUGCAGCAGAUUCCAGAAGGAUACUGGAGAAGCAGUACGUCUAAACUGAAACUGAAGAGUCUUCGCUCACUCCAAGCGAUCUCCAUCAUGGAGGUGCCCAGGAUGCCUCGUCCCGUCCCCUUCCCCCGGACUAUUCAUAACAUAGUCUCCUCAACGCCAGGAGCUGCCGAGAACAUCCCCAUGAACGACACCCAGGAUAACAAACUCCAGGAGGAGACAGACGAAAGCUUGGAGGACGAUCAAUUCGGGGAAGAGGAUGACACCACCGUGGAAGUCACGGACGAGGCCAACCGCUCACAAGACAGCCUCUCCGAGGAGCGUUCCGCAUCCGAGGAGAGGACGGUGGAAGAGGCUGAAAGGAUGGCGAAGGAAGAGGAAGCGGCCAAAGAAAGGGCGCCACAGAGGCAGCUGAUGGCCAUCCAAGAGCUGGUGCACUCCGAGAGGAGCUACCUGCGAUUGCUGCAGAUCAGCACCGUGACCAUCAGGAGCAACCUGCAGAAGCUACAGCCUUCGCUUGCGAAUUUGGACAGCAUGUUCCUCUACAUCGAGGACGUGAUCGACGUUUCGAGUCGCCUCCUUAGCCUACUGGAUCAGAAGCAUCUUCAACCUGGAGAUCCGCUCUUCCUGGAGGCACUGUGUGAUUCCUUCCUGAGUCUCUCCUCUGAAAUUGAGGCCGCCUACAAGGAGUACCUGACCAACUACAACCGCGUCACUGUGGUGGAGAACUCCUACAAAAAGAAGGAGGCACUGUGGGACGAGAUCGUCAAAGUCAUCAAGGCAUCGGCGCCGGAAGUGAACGCCUCGUCUCUGAGUUUCUUCCUGGUGAUGCCGGUGCAGCGCAUCGCCCGCUACCCUCUUCUUCUUCAGACCAUCCAGAAGCACACGGACACGCAUCACCCAGCAUACACGCUCCUGGAGCAGGCGGCUCACACCUCCAUCGCUCUCAACUGCCGCAUCAACGAGUACAAGCGCUUUCGAGAAGUCGCUGACAAGUACAAGAAGACCGAGACGCUGAGCAUCAUGGACAAGAUCAACCGCUUGAGCUCUCACAGCAUCGCAAAGAAAACAGCCAGGAUUGGACAGUUCCUCAAACACGAGACUGGGAUAGCUCCCAAGGUGGUGGAUGAAGAGUUUGAUGCGCUUGAAUGCUUCUUUUACGUCCUGGAACAUGGCAUCUUGGAGCUGCUGGACAACGUGGAGCUGUACCUCCGCCAUCUUGGGAGAUUCCUGCAGUGCAAAACAGAGGAGUUUGACUUGGACAUGGAUGGUGAGAAGGCACCCAUUUGCUAUAAGGAGAUCACAACCGCACUCAGGCAGUGGAUCCUCCCCACAUUUGAAAAGAGGAUGAGGACACUGAUCCACAAACCUCUCUGCGUGCUCCGUGACCUCCUGUUGGGCCCGAGGAACCUGAUCCGGAAGAGGCUGGACAAGCUCCUCGACUAUGAAGUGAUUGAGGCCAAAUCUUUUCUGAGCUAUGAGGAACAAGCCAUAGCCAACACGUACAAGACCAUCAACACUUUGCUUCUUAACGAGCUGCCAAAGUUUAACGGCUUGGCGCUGCAGAUGAUUUGGAGCAUGCUGGGCACGUUCAGCUGCCUGCACAAAGACCUCACCUCCGACAUGGAACAGCUCUUCCAAAGCUUUGCCCAACAGCUUCCCCACAGCUCCUUAGAGAAUGGCGUGUUCUGGGAGUGGGCUGAGUCUGCAGUGCUUGAGGGUUCAAGGAGGCUGGAGACUUUGUGUCACAGUGUGGAGGAGACACUCCUGGCACCCGCCACACAGCCUCUCGGCACGUCCACGCAACUCCGACUCAAGCAGCUGACGGACAAGCACGGCUCUGGCAAGAUCUACCAGGUGAUGAGCGCCGUGGUGGGCAGCCGGGACCUGGACCUGAGCCUGUCCAAAGGAGAGCUGGUGGCCGUCAUCAGCCAUGCCGACACCCGCGGGGACAGACGCAGGUGGCUGGUGGACGCCGGAGGCCGGCGAGGGUACGCGCCAUGCGCCAAGCUGAUCCGCUAUCAUCAACCGGCAGAGGAGCCGCCGCCAUCACCUCACCUGCCCCUGCCGCAGGGUAGCGGCGUCACCAGGAGGCACUCGUACACGCCGGAGCUCCAACAAACGGAUGCGGCGAUCAGCCAGCCCUGCUUCCAGGUGUUUGCGGCCUACAGCUUCACAGCGAGAGGAAACCACGAAAUCUCUAUCGUGGCGGGCGAGCCGGUGCGUGUCCUGGAGCCUCACGACAAGAGGGGAAGCCGCGAGUGGAGCCUGGUGGAGGUGAGAGACAGGCAGAGGGGCUACGUGCCCUCCAACUACCUCGUCCUGGUGCCUGUGGGGGCGGGGUCGCUCGCCGGAACAUAGUAGCAAAGUGCUGCUACUGCUACUAGCUUCAAAUUAUCUGCAAACUGCACUUUAGCUAUGGCUAAACUUUUGACUGGAAAGUUAGCCGCAAUCAGUGCGUACAUCGUACCAUGACUCGAAGUGCACCGCUCGAACAAAAAAUGGAGGUGUUUCAUGUCCUAUGUGUACAACGCUUGAAGAUCUGUCUAACCCAGGACACUGGUCGUUUCAAAUGAUCCUUUUGGAAAAAGGAAAGGAGUGACUUGAGUCCAGAAUGGUCAUAAAGUGUAAAAAGAAGUGAACCAGUGCGACCCCCGUUAUUCUUUUAACACCACUCAUUGACUCUCAUCGCAGAAUGGGUGCAAAAAGCCAAAGAAAAAGCAAAAGACAUACACAACCAUCAACCUGGCGCCCAAACUUUUUGCACCGAGGGCCAGAAACAUUAAUGGAUGUGGGGGCCACUUUUACAUUUUUUUUUUUAAACCAACUCCUAUAGAUAAGCUGGAUGUGUUAUAUUAUAUAUAUAAUUAUAUUAUAUACAUACAUAUAUAUAUGUUACAUUGAGCAACUUAUGAGUAUGAACCUUUUCUUUUAACAGUACACAUUUUAAAAAUAUUUUUCUUUUUCACAAUAUUAUGUCUUUUAAACAAAUUGCAUAGUUUAGUCUUUAUAUUCAAUUUUAUUGUAUUUUUUCCUCUUAAUUUUUCUCUAUUUUUUUCUUGUUUGUUUGACAUUCCAAGUGUAGUCCAUCAACAGCAACCUACCUCCCACUUAGUCCUGUUAGCCCACUUAUGGUCUGAGCCCAUAACUGGACUCAUGGUGGGUCUAAGUGGGGGGGGGGGCAAGUCAGUGUUGAUGGACUACAAUGUCAUACAACUUCAUGCUAAAAAAAUCCAAACUAUCCGUUUAAUAUUGUCAACAUUUUUUUGUGUAAGUAUAUUUUAGAAUGUGAUAUCGGCUGAUGUAAAAGUGGUCCCCCGGGCCGCGCUUUGAACACCCGUGGCUCAGCGGCAUGCUUUACACAAAAAGAUGGAAUUGCACUACAGGGUGUUGGACUUCAGGGGUUUGACUCUAUUUUAGCAAUGACAUAAACGAAGGACGCCGCCUCUUUUGAAAAAGUUCCCGAGACUAGAGGACAACUCCUGAGCUGCCUGCAGCAGGAAGUCAGAAAACUGCGUGUUCUUGUUAGCGAGCUAACAGCGAGGCUGCUGUUAUUCUACUUGAGGUCAACGUGGGCUGACAGACGCAUGUGUGUGUGUGUGUGUGCUUCUCACCUGGAGGCGGCAACAGCAGCACCCCUGCUUGGAGACGGAUGAGAACAUGACACUCUCUUCCUCCUCCUAGCCUGCAUCACGUGAUGUCAGUGGAAAGUGUCAGCAGGAGACACACAUGAAGAGGAGGUGAAGAUGGAAGGAAUUUGUGAUUAAAGGAGUAACGGGGGGGGGGGAAUGGAGGAAGGAUAUUGUCAGGUGGCGACAGACUACUGCACCAAGUGGAGUCCCCUCACUUCCGUCUUCCACACAAAGUCACAGGAAGGACCUACACUUCUGUUGUAAUGAUGAUCAUAAUAUUUACCCCCUUCUUUUCUCUUUUUUUAAUUGUUUACUUUAUUCCCAUUUUAUUGCUAGUCACUGCACUACCGGACAAAAGUAUUAGGACUGAAAUAUUAGAUGGCAUUUAAAUUUAUUUUAUUUUUUUUAAAGCUGCAGGUGGGAUUUUUCUGGACAAAAGUAUUAGGACUGAAAUAUUAGAUGGCAUUUAAAAUGUUUUGUUUUUUUUAAGCUGCAGGUGGAAUUUUUCCGAACAAAAGUAUUCGGACUGAAAUAUUAGAUGGCAUUGAAAAUGUAUUUUUUUUUAAAGCUGCAGGUGGAAUUUUUCCGAACAAAAGUAUUCGGACUGAAAUAUUAGAUGGCAUUGAAAAUGUAUUUUUUUUUUAAAGCUGCAGGUGGAAUUUUUCCCAAAUAUUAGAUGAUAUUUAAAAUUUAUUUAAUUUUUUUAAAGCUGCAGGUGGGAUUUUUCCGGACAAAAGUAUUAGGACUGAAAUAUUAGAUGACAUUUAUUUUUUUUUCUCAAAGCUGCAGGUGGGAUUUUUCCCAAAUAUUAGAUGGCAUUUAAAAUGUUUUUUUUUUUUUUUUAAAGCUGCAGGUGGGAUUUUUCUCAAAUAUUAGAUGGCAUUUAAAAUUUAUUUUAUUUUAUUUUUUCAAAGCUGCAGGUGGGAUUUUUCCGGACAAAAGUACGUAUUAGGACUGAAAUAUUAGAUGGCAUUUAAUUUUUUUUCUCAAAGCUGCAGGUGGGAUUUUUCCGGACAAAAGUAUUAGGACUGAAAUAUUAGAUGACAUUUAUUUUUUUUUCUCAAAGCUGCAGGUGGGAUUUUUCCCAAAUAUUAGAUGGCAUUUAAAAUGUUUUUUUUUUUUUUAAAGCUGCAGGUGGGAUUUUUCUCAAAUAUUAGAUGGCAUUUAAGUUUUUAUUUUUUUUAAGCUGCAGGUGGAAUUUUUCCCAAAUAUUAGAUGCCAUUUAAAAUGUUUUUAUUUUUUUUUAAGCUGCAGGUGGGAUUUUUCCCAAAUAUUAGAUGGCAUUUAAAAUUUAUUUUAUUUUAUUUUUUUAAAGCUGCAGGUGGGAUUUUUCCGGACAAAAGUAUGUAUUAGGACUGAAAUAUUAGAUGGCAUUUAAUUUUUUUUUAAGCUGCAGGUGGAAUUUUUCCCAAAUAUUAGAUGGCAUUUAAAAUGUUUUUUUUUUUUUUUUAAAGCUGCAGGUGGGAUUUUUCCCAAAUAUUAGAUGGCAUUUAAGUUUUUAUUUUUUUAAGCUGCAGGUGGGAUUUUUCCCAAAUAUUAGAUGGCAUUUAAAUUUUUUUUUUUUUUUUUUAAAGCUGCAGGUGGAAUUUUUCCGGACAAAAGUAUGUAUUAGGACUGAAAUAUUAGAUGGCAUUUAAUUUUUUUUUAAGCUGCAGGUGGAAUUUUUCCCAAAUAUUAGAUGGCAUUUAAAAUGUUUUUUUUUUUUUUUUAAAGCUGCAGGUGGGAUUUUUCCCAAAUAUUAGAUGGCAUUUAAGUUUUUAUUUUUUUAAGCUGCAGGUGGGAUUUUUCCCAAAUAUUAGAUGGCAUUUAAAUUUUUUUUUUUUUUUUUUAAAGCUGCAGGUGGAAUUUUUCCGGACAAAAGUAUGUAUUAGGACUGAAAUAUUAGAUGGCAUUUAAUUUUUUUUUAAGCUGCAGGUGGAAUUUUUCCCAAAUAUUAGAUGGCAUUUAAAAUGUUUUUUUUUUUUUUUUUAAAGCUGCAGGUGGGAUUUUUCCCAAAUAUUAGAUGGCAUUUAAGUUUUUAUUUUUUUAAGCUGCAGGUGGGAUUUUUCCCAAAUAUUAGAUGGCAUUUAAAUUUUUUUUUUUUUUUUUUAAAGCUGCAGGUGGAAUUUUUCCCAAAUAUUAGAUGGCAUUUAAAAUUUAUUUUAUUUUAUUUUUUCAAAGCUGCAGGUGGGAUUUUUCCGGACAAAAGUACGUAUUAGGACUGAAAUAUUAGAUGGCAUUUAAUUUUUUUUAAGCUGCAGGUGGAAUUUUUCCCAAAUAUUAGAUGGCAUUUAAAAUGUUUUUUUUUUUUUUUUUUUUUAAAAAGCUGCAGGUGGGAUUUUUCCCAAAUAUUAGAUGGCAUUUAUUUUAUUUUUUUUUUUAAGCUGAAGGUGGGAUUUUUCCCAAACAUUAGAUGGCAUUUAAAAUGUAUUUUAUUUGUUUUUAAGCUGCAGGUGGGAUUUUUUCCCAAAUAUUAGUUGGCAUUUAAAAUUUAUUUAUUUAUUUUUUUUUUAAGCUGCAGGUGGGAUUUUUCCCAAAUAUUAGAUGGCGUUAAAAAUUUUUAUUUUUUUUUUAAAGCUGCAGGUGGGAUUUUUCCAACAGUCCUGAAUGCAGCAUAAAAGCUUGUGUUUAUAUGGGAUUUUCCAUGUGACAUAACAUCUUUUCUUUGUGGCCUUGUUUCCACAUUCUGGAAGUGACCAUUCUCAGAACACCUUAUCCGCCCCUUCUAUGCACCAAAAGGUGCCUGGGUUGUCCUGGUUGUCCCCUGAGUUAGUGAUGUCCGAUACCACUGUUUUCUUUCACAGCCUAAAAUUCAGGCUGGUAUUGGCGAUACUGAUACUGAUACAAAUACAUUUUAGAUGGGUCAAUUUUAAAAAGUAGAGUGUAUAGUCAUCCCUCACUUCAUCGCGGUUCAAACAUCGCUUCCGUCACUAUUGCGGUAUUUCAGAAAUUAAGAAAUUAUCGCUGUUUCAUGGUUGACUGUGACCCAUCAUUACUCCCAAAAAAUCCAUAUCUAAGUAAAUUGACAUAAAUGAAACAUUUUCAAGCAUAAAAAUGUCCCAUUGCAUUCUACAGUGGCCACUAGGUGUCACUAGUAACACACAUCAGACUUGAUCGCCAAAGAGGUCUGUAAUUUAGUCAUUUAUUUUAAACAACUGCUUAUCAUUUAGACAAGGUCUAAAGUCGCUUUCCAAUGUGUUCCUCUUAAUAUACAUGACCUGAAAUGACUUCAGUAUCAAAGUAUUAAUAUUUUCAUUUGAGAAUCCAUUUUACAGCCGAAAGCUCUAGUAUUGGACGUAUCGAUAUUUCAGUAUCGAUCCGCACAUCACUACUCUUGAAUUGGAGGCUUAACAACCAAACACUAUCCUCUCGCUGGGACUAGCAACCACCUGGCGGCCAUGUUGCUGCUCGAGGAACUAAAGAACUACACAUGUUAGCUUCAAUGUCGCAUUUAAUGAAGUUUGUCAGUAUUAGCAUAUGAUCUUACAUUGCUCGCAUCUUUGUAUAUAUUUAUUAUUUUAAUUUAUUUGUGUUUUGAUAUUGAAUGUAGCAGCUUCAAUAAAA